AUGGCGGGUGUGGGAUCGAUGCAGAAAGGAGAAGAGGAGUGGCGAGCGGUUCUUUCUCCGGAGCAGUUUAAGAUUCUCCGUCUGAAAGGCACCGAAUACCCAGAAACUGGAGAAUUUGUGGAUUUCAACAAAGAAGGAAUUUAUGGCUGUGCAGGUUGCAAAACGCCUCUUUACAAAUCAACCACAAAGUUCAACGCAGGUUGUGGCUGGCCUGCAUUCUUUGAUGGAAUCCCCGGCGCCAUAACCCGAAACGUAGACCAAGAUGGGAGAAGAAUAGAGAUCAAUUGUGCAGCAUGCGGUGGACACCUUGGUCAUGUUUUCAAAGGAGAAGGUUUUGCUACUCCCACUGAUGAACGCCAUUGCGUCAACAGCGUUUCCCUCAAUUUCACACCCGCAGAGCCUUCCUUGUAAAUCAAAUCUCGGGCAUAUAGUUUAUGCCUUUUCUCUCUUGUUUUCGCUCAAGAGUGUGAAAAAAGACCGAAAUAAGAGUCAUGUAGAGGUGUGCCUGUAUAAAUAUUGUUGUGUUGGUCUCUAUUGUUUUUGUUUGUAUUUUGUUUUAGUUAUAGACAUCACUUUGGUCAUUGUUUGACACUACUAUUUUCACAAUUUAUGAUUGUGAUUUU